GCAAAGAGAAAAAGCCGGCCCCAUCCAAUUCCAAUUCCAAUUCUCUCUCAGUCCACUCUCUUCGCUUUUACUUUUCUCAGUUGUUGUUGUCGUUGUAGUAUAUUUUCUUUUCUUUUUUCUCCUUUUGUCUUCCCAAUGCUGUGAAAAUACAUACAACUCCUAUCCAUUUGCUUUCCUUUCCUGUGAUUCCCUACCAUUCUCCAAAGCAACUGUUGCUGCCAGAUUCGAUAAUCAAAAACCAAAUUCCCUCUGACCAAAGACUUCGCUGCCGGCUAUGAUGCCAAGGUCUCUGCAUUUCGUUGCUAGUUUCCGGUGACUUCUACGGUCACAAAUUGGACGAAGUAUAGGAGGAAACUGAACAAGAAAUGCAAGAGACUCUACUGGGUCUUUCUGGACAAGCCGUUAACCCAGACGACAGCGAUAAUAAGAAGAAAAAUUCUGAAGAAGAAGAAAAAGAGAUGGAGUUGGUGGUCGCGCAGCCUUGUAUGGUUGUGGGUCGGAUGCGAUCCCCAGCCGGGUCCAGGCGCGUGACUCCCACCGCUACGGCCACCGCAACCACCGUAGAAAAGGUACUCCUAAACGGCGACCUCUACACGGGAACGUUAUUGGGGAAUGCGCCGCACGGGGCCGGCAAAUAUCUGUGGUCCGAUGGCUGCAUGUACGAAGGGGAAUGGAAGAAAGGCAAGGCAAGCGGCAAAGGUAAAUUCUCGUGGCCUUCCGGAGCUACCUACGAAGGGGAAUUCAAGUCGGGUCGAAUGGAGGGUUACGGCACCUUCAUUGGCAUCGCUGGGGACACCUACAAAGGCUCAUGGGUCGCGGAUCGCAAGCACGGCUUCGGCGAGAAGCGCUACGCUAAUGGGGAUGUAUAUGAAGGCUCAUGGAAAUACAAUUUGCAGCAUGGUGAAGGGAGGUAUGUCUGGAGCAAUGGGAAUGAGUAUGCGGGUGAGUGGAAGAACGGGGUUAUUUCCGGUAAAGGGGUUUUGAUUUGGGCCAAUGGGCAUAAGUAUCAGGGGUAUUGGGAGAAUGAGGUGCCAAAGGGUAGAGGGGUAUUCACUUGGGCUGAUGGGAGCAGCAAUGCCGGGACUUGGGGUAAGGAUUUUCACUUUCAGGUCGGUGCUGCAAGGAAGAGGUCGUCGGUGGAUGUGGAAAGUGUGGAUUUGGAUUUCGGGAGGAAUGUGAAUUUUCCGCGGAUUUGUAUCUGGGAAUUGGAUGGAGAGGCUGGGGAUAUUACUUGCGAUAUUGUGGAUACUGUAGAGGCGUCUAUGUUCUACAAGGACGGCAAGGGAUGUGGCUACGAAGGUGGUUGUGUCGAGCAGAUACCGAAGAGUCCGUGUUUGUUGGCCGAUGGCGAGAUGAAGAAGCCGGGGCAAAUGAUAUCCAAGGGCCAUAAGAACUACGAUUUGAUGCUUAAUCUCCAACUGGGUAUCAGAUACACUGUUGGAAAGCAUGCUUCUAUACAGCGGGAGCUGAAGCCAGGGGAUUUCGAUCCUAGCGAGAAGUUUUGGACAAGGUUUCCACCAGAAGGGUCCAAGUGUACGCCCCCUCAUCAAUCCGUUGACUUCAGAUGGAAGGAUUAUUGCCCAGUGGUGUUCAGACAUUUAAGGGAGUUGUUUGCAAUAGAUCCGGCGGAUUACAUGCUUGCUAUUUGUGGAAAUGACGCACUCAGGGAGUUGUCUUCCCCUGGGAAGAGUGGAAGUUUAUUCUACCUUACACAAGAUGAUCGGUUUAUGAUAAAAACUGUCAAGAAAUCUGAAGUCAAGGUGCUUAUUAGGAUGCUUCCAAGUUACUACCAGCAUGUUUAUCAGUACAAGAACUCGUUGAUAACAAAAUUCUUUGGCGUUCAUUGUGUUAAACCAGUGGGAGGUCAAAAGACGCGUUUCAUUGUGAUGGGCAAUCUAUUCUGUUCGGAGUACCGAAUCCACAAGAGGUUUGAUCUUAAAGGCUCUUCUUAUGGCCGCACAACUGAUAAACCUGAGGAGGAAAUAGACGAGACAACAACACUCAAAGACCUUGAUUUGAACUAUGUGUUUCGCUUAGAAUGUUCUUGGUUUCAAGAACUUAUCUGGCAAAUUGAUAGAGACUGUGAAUUUUUGGAAGGGGAGAGAAUCAUGGAUUACAGUCUUUUAAUUGGUAUUCACUUUCGUGAUGAUUACUUAGGUGAUGAGCUGAAGACUUCGGUGUUCGAUAUGCAUUCUGACAGAAGUGAUAUGCAUCAUGAAGACACAUUCAAGCAAGGAUAUCAUUCAAAUAAAUUAGAGCUGCGGGAUAUGGAUUGGAUUCUGGUGGGCCAGGGACCGCUAAUCCGGUUAGGGGCAAACAUGCCUGCAAGAGCAGAGCGGGUGUCAAGGUUUGGCGUGGAUCAGCAUUCAGGGAGUGGAAGUAACAAUUCAACCCCUUCUUCACUGGGUGCUGGGGAGAUCUUUGACGUGAUUCUCUUCUUUGGCAUCAUUGACAUUCUCCAAGAUUAUGAUAUUAGCAAAAAGCUAGAACAUGCCUACAAGUCCUUGCAAGUGGAUUCAACUUCCAUCUCAGCCGUCGAUCCGAAGCUAUACUCUAAAAGAUUCCGGGAGUUCAUACACAGAAUUUUUGUGGAUGAAAAGUGAAUAUAAGGUGCAGUUUUGAAAAAACCCAUCUUUCAGGUUGUUUAAUCUGAGUGGCAGCGCCAUGCGGGCAGGAUGCCUGAAUCUCUCCCUGGCCAUGAAUGCUGCAAAUAAGCUGUAAGGGAAAUUCAACCAUGGCAGCAAAAGAGCUGGGGAUGUUAAUGGCUAACCUUUUUUUAUAGGACUUGAUUAGAUAGACAAGGAAAGGAGUGGUUGGUUCAUGCAAGGAUGAAUAUCAAAAAAGUUUUUUUUUUUUUUUUUCCUUUUCUGUAAUAAAUUUUUGUAUUUUGGGUGGGUUGGAUUAUUGGGAUAUAUUUAGUAUCUGGAAGCAGGUAUAGAAAAUAGAGAAAUGCUCCCAGACUAAUGCGGGAUUGGAUGGAUAUAAUAAAAAUGUGUACAGUGGGACAGAUGGAUAUUGGAGUGGAAUUUAACAAAAAAUGUUAUUUGUUGGCAUUACUGAAGAA